AUGAUUUUCUCUACGGAAAAUGCACCCUACAUCCUGCUAGGUGUCGUCGUCGCCUAUUUCUUGGUGCCCUACCUGCAGCGAUCGCGCCUGCGCGAUAUCCCGUCUCCCAGCUUCGCCGCCUUUACCAACUUCUGGCUGCUGAUCCAGGCCCGCCAGGGUAAGCGCUACCUGUCGGUUGAUGCCGCUCACAAGAAGUAUGGCAAGCUGGUGCGAAUUGCUCCUCGUCACGUCUCGAUUGCCGAUGACGAGGCUAUCACCAGUGUUUACGGACACGGCAACGGUUUCCUGAAGGCUGACUUCUAUGAUGCUUUCGUCUCGAUCCGCCGUGGCCUCUUCAACACCCGCGACCGUGCCGAGCACACUCGCAAGCGCAAGACUGUCUCGCACACUUUCAGUGCCAAGUCCAUUGGCCAGUUCGAGCAGUACAUCCACGGCAACAUUGAGAUGUUCGUUAAGCAGUGGCGCAAGAUGGCCGAUCUCCAGGCCAACCCCAAGACUGGCUACGCUAGCAUGGACGUUCUCAACUGGUUCAACUAUCUGGCUUUCGAUAUCAUCGGUGACUUGGCUUUCGGUGCUCCAUUCGGCAUGAUCGAGAAGGGACAGGAUAUUGCUGAGAUGCGUAUGCACCCCAAUGACCCGCCUAAGUACGUCCAGGCCGUCGAGGUUCUCAACCGCCGUGGUGAAGUCUCUGCUACCCUGGGCUGCAUGCCUUCCUUGAUCCCCUUCGCCAAGUACAUCCCCGACAAGUUCUUCACCGAGGGUAUGCAGGCUGUCCAGAACCUGGCUGGUAUUGCCAUCGCCCGUGUCAAUGAGCGUGUCAAGCCUGAGGUCAUGGCCAACAACACCCGUGUCGAUCUUCUCGCCCGCCUGAUGGAAGGCAAGGACCAGAACGGUAACACUCUCGGUCGUGAGGAACUCACCGCCGAGGCUCUCACCCAACUCAUCGCCGGCUCCGAUACUACCUCCAACACCGCCUGUGCCAUCCUGUACUGGUGCCAGCGCACCCCCGGCGUCAUCGAGAAGCUGCACAAGGCUUUGGACGAGGCUAUCCCCAAGGACAUUGACGUUCCUACCCACGCCAUGGUCAAGGAUAUCGAGUAUCUGCAAUGGGUCAUCUGGGAAACCAUGCGUAUCCACUCUACCUCCGCCAUGGGUCUUCCCCGUGAGAUUCCCGCCGGCGCCGACCCCGUCGUCAUCUGCGGCCACACCUUCGGCCCCGGCGACGUCCUCUCCGUGCCUAGCUACACCAUCCACCGCUCCAAGGAAAUCUGGGGUCCCGACGCUGAGCAAUUCGUUCCCGAGCGCUGGAGCCCUAAGCGUCUCACCCCCCGCCAAAAGGCUGCUUUCAUCCCCUUCUCCCACGGCCCCCGUGCCUGUGUUGGUCGCAACGUUGCUGAAAUGGAACUCCUCGUCAUGGGCGCUACUGUCUUCCGCCUCUUUGAGUUCCAGAUCGAGCAGGAUGGUCCUAUGGAGACUCGUGAGGGUUUCUUGCGUAAGCCGCUUGCUCUCCAGGUUGGUAUGCGCCGUCGUACUCCUGCGUGA